UCGAAACGAUUUAACACGUAUGUUAAACAUACAAUGUACAGUUAAACUUUCUUUUUAUAAAAGUAAAACAGUCGUGAGAACAACAUGGGUAAGAUUGGCCUCGUUUUAUUUCUUUUCCUAACGCUGCAAGAAUCCUUUUUAAACGGACAAGAACGUCUAAGAAUUGAAGUAUAUUUCGAAUCUUUGUGUCCUGAUAGUUCGAAUUUUAUCAAAUAUCAACUUUACCCAGCAUGGGAUUUAAUUAAAAAUCACGUUGAUAUUCGAUUUAUUCCCUUUGGAAAAAGUAAAAGUUAUAAAAAUGGUUUAAUUUUUCAUUGUCAACACGGUCAAAGAGAAUGUGAAGGUAACAAGAUGAUGUCGUGCGGUUUGAGUCGAUUAAUCGAUCAAACUGACCAAGUAAGGUUUAUUGAGUGUUUUAUGACCGCAUUUAAGAAGGUCAGAUGGAACAAAAAUGAAUUUGGACGACAGUGUUUUGAUCAAAUUGGAUUAUCUUUUGAAAAUUUGGCUAAUUGUUAUGAAUCCGAAGAAGGAAUAAAUUUGCAAUUAGAAGCGGAGAUAUUAACAAAUAUGAUUAAACCAGCUUUUGUACCUACUGUUGUUUAUAAUGGAAUAUUUAAUCAACAUUUACAAGAUGCGAGCCAAAUCAGUUUCCGCAUGGUCGUUUGUAAAUUAUUGAGUCAAACUCGUCAAAUUGACUGUUAAAAUAAGAAAAUUAACAUAACCAAGAUUCCUACA